GGGCACGCAACGUCGGUGUCAUGGCGGCCUCCAGGUUGGGUUCAGCCUGGGCCCCGCUACGGCUUGGCGUACUCAGCCUGUGCCACCGCCGGCCGCCCCGGGGCCUGUGGGCGCGCGCGCGGAGGCUCCCUGGGCCCGCGGGUUCCGGGCGGAGCGUGGCUGCAGCCAGCGGACUGGGCGCCUCGGGCACUGACCGCUAUUGUCUGGAACUGCUACGGAAACGAGAUUAUGAAGGCUAUUUAUGCUCCCUGCUGCUUCCUGCAGAAUCCAGAAGCUCUGCUUUUGCACUAAAAGCCUUCAAUGUGGAACUGGCUCAGAUUAAGGAUUCAGUUUCUGAGAAAACAAUUGGACUGAUGCGAAUGCAGUUUUGGAAAAGAACUGUGGAUGAUAUAUACAGUGACAAUCCACCACAUCAGCCUGUGGCCAUUGAACUAUGGAAGGUCUGUGCACCAGCAGAGGCAGACCCUGUGUCUGGGCCCCAGACUGACUUCACAGAGCCCCAGUAAAGAUGGAAAGCCAGGCCCCUCCACCGGGGACUGAAGAAAAAGUGGAUGGGAAGCUGCUGUCAGAAGACAUAAUCUGACUAAAAGAUGGCUUAUGAGAAUCAUUGAUGAAAGAGAAAAAAAUUUGGAUGACAAAGCAUAUCGUAAUAUCCAGGAACUAGAAAAUUAUGCAGAAAACACACAGAGUUCUCUUCUUUAUUUAACACUAGAAAUAUUGGGUAUAAAGGAUCUUCAUGCAGAUCAUGCUGCAAGUCACAUUGGAAAAGCACAAGGCAUUGUCACUUGCUUGAGAGCAACGCCGUAUCAUGGUAGCAGAAGAAGGGUGUUCCUUCCCAUGGAUAUUUGUAUGCUGCAUGGUGUUUCACAAGAGGAUUUUCUACGGAAGAACCAAAAUAAAAAUGUAAGAGAUGUGAUAUAUGACAUUGCCAGCCAGGCCCACUUGCACCUAAAACAUGCUAGGUCCUUCCACAAAAGUGUUCCUGUGAGAGCAUUUCCUGCUUUUCUUCAGACAGUUGCUCUGGAAGACUAUUUAAAGAAAAUUCAACAAGUGAAUUUUGAUAUAUUCCACCCAUCUUUACAGCAGAAGAAUACGUUACUUCCAUUAUCUUUGUAUAUUCAGUCAUGGAGAAGAAGAUAUUAAAAAUAAUUUCUUGGCACUGAUAUUAAUUUACUUCUAUUUUUACAAAAGUGUACUAGUUAGGGUUCUUGUUUAUAAACAGCAGGUACUGACUAGAUAGGGAGAAAAUGAAUUUAUUGGAUGGGUGUGAGUAGCUUACAGAAUUGGUGAGAAAUCAUUGUGGGGCUAGGGUGCCAGGCCGUUGAGAUUCUGCCACAGACCCUGCCAUUGUCACCACCAGCCCUGACAGGCCUGCUGUACCAUCCCUGUAAAGUAUGCGCAUCCCCAGGGGGAGCAUCGCUUUAGCGUUUAGGCUGCAAGCCAUGCUUCACCACCAGAGGGCAGAGAGAAGAAAUGUCUCACCCUAGGAGAAGAAGGGGGAGGGGCUCAAGUAGUGCUGGGUUUGCAUUCGGAGAGCCAGAACUCACGUGUCCAGUACAGCUGUGAAAUGAGUUUACUUAGGAGUCCUGGAGAGUGAGGAGUGUCAAUCACUAUGUUGAAGGUUUUUAUCCCUAAUAUUUCAUCUUUAAACCCUGUAAAAUUUAUCUAUGAUGAUAAAACUUUCUUAAGGUAAGACAGUUGGCUGUCAAGUGCUGGAACUUAAUUUGACUUUAGGUGUGGCUGAUUUGAAAGGUUUUACUUUUUUGCUAACCCCAUUCCUUCACUCUAUCAUUCAGCAUUGUUGUCAUCAUGAACAAAGUUGUAUUCACAAAAUGUAUUAAUGUAAGUUAUAUUAACAAAGUUAUAUUGAACACUCAUUAAGGGAUACUGUAUUUAAAAAAAUUUGUAUACUAGUCGAUCUUUCCACUGAUAAGCUCUGAGCUACAUACUUUCAUCAAUGUUCUUAUUUGAUCUUUAAAACUCUAUGAAAUACAGAAUUUUUUGGUAAUUAAAACAUUUUAAAUAUAAAACACACUAGUUGUGAAAACAAAAUUCUUUGCAUUGCUGGUAAUAGCAGAUCUGGACUCUGAAUGAGUCUCUGACUCCCAAGGCCAGGAAUAUGCCACAGUUUCUUUUUCCUGUCUUUUCAGUGGUCCUGUCUCCUGCCCACUCACUCCUCUGGUGUACUCCCACUAUCCCAUCUCUCUUAAACGUUUGGUUUCAGCUGUGAAUUAGUGUCUACUGCAAUUGUGAAUUAAUGAUGGCUUAAAAUAUUACUUUUUUCUU